GUGUUCAGUUCCUAUCGCAGUUUGAUACUGACUGCAACAACGGUGAUAGGUCUUGCAGGUGUUAAAUUUAGGCCCAGCCACGCUGAACAAAAACAGCCGGUAUGGAGCACCGACCACCGCUCAGAGGUCAAAAGCGACCGCCUCCUCCGUAGCCACCAUCAUGUACGUGUCCUCAAUCGUGCAUUUUCUUCUGUCUGUGGCUCCGAAAAUCGACAAUGUCGAUAUAUCCGAACAUGACUCGGUGUAUUAUUUUGCGACUUUCUUUUUUCGGAAUCUGGAGGAUGUCGAACAGCAGGCCAUCAUAGACUUCUAUGAUGAGAAGGUCCACAGGAUGGCCUCUCUGCCUGCUUGUUUUUCUCUCACUGACAUGGAUGGAUAUCGGGCAUGCGGCCGACGACCAGAAAGGAUCUUUGGGAGAAACAAAACGUCAAGCUCAAAAUGUCGACGGCUUUUCAUCCCCAAACAGACGAUACCUCGGAACGCUCCAACAAGACGGUGGUGCAACCCUUACGCAGUUGAGUGAGGAGGCGAAGAUAGGCAGCAUGUGGCAAAAUCUGUGGAAGUGGAGGUCGCGCCAGGGGAAGGGGGCCAAUGGUGGCGAGUAAUGUAUGUAUGAAUAUAAUAAGAUGGAUAUGAUGUAUGGAAAAUGCCAG